AUGCAUGAAGAAUAUGCCUUAUUUAAGAUUCUAGUGGUAGGAAGUAGUGGUGUAGGGAAAACAUGCAUACUGCUGCGCUACACAGACAGCAUUUAUAAAGAAACAUACGGGACAACAAUUGGCGUGGACUUCAAGAUGAAAAACAUCACAGUAGAUGACAAAGUGGUGAAGCUGCAGCUGUGGGACACUGCAGGACAGGAGAGAUUCAGAACCAUCACAUCCAGCUACUACAGGAAUGCAAAUGGGAUUUUGCUGGUGUUUGACACCACAGAUCCAGAAAGCUUUAAUGACCUAAAGGGAUGGAUAAAUGAAAUUCGCAAUAACAUAAACAGCAAGAUAGUUAUCUACAUUUUGGCAAACAAAAUAGACACAGGAAAUAUUCUUGUCUCAGACGAGGAAAUAUCUAGCUUCAUAGAAAAAUACACGUCAGACAAUCUUAUGAUAAUUGGAUUUAGCAAGGUAUCUGCAAAGACAGGAGAGGGCGUAGACCAUGCGUUCAGAGAAAUAGCCCAGGCCAUAAUGAAGGUGUCUCCACCAGAGAAAAGAAAAAGCAAAGUAAAUAUAGAAGCAGAUGAAAGUGUAGGUGGAUGGUGCUGUAUUGGAUAG